AGAAGGGACUGGAGAGGCUGUUGUGGCGGUGAAAGGGUUAUGUUCUGUAGCACUAGCUACAGACACUCUCAUAUCACUUGCUGCUGCCAGGGAGAGCCUGUAGGUGGAGGAGUCUCGGCUCCAGGCUGGGCUGAGGCUGCCGUUGCUGACAGCAGGCAGGGGCUGGGCCUAAAAGGCAGCAAGACAGAAGAAGCAGGAACAACAGCCGAGAUGGUAGAGAGCAGAAGCAGGAAGCCCCAAACACAAAGGCACUAAGACCCCUUUAUGAGCAGGUGUGACAUUUUCCUGUUUCACUGCAUUUAUUUUGUGGCAACUCUGUUGGAGCCAUACAAAAAGCCUCUCUUUAAAAAAAUUCUAAUAAGGAGCAUUUGACCAUCUGAUCUCUUAAAGUUGAACCUUUCGAUACCAGGAUUAGGAACAAGUGUCUUCAGAAUCAAUAUGUAGCAAAUGGGUAUCACUCAACUGAAGUUGGUCCAUCAAGCCAACAUAUUUGUGUUUUAAGGAUCCUUGUACUUUCAGCAGUGAAUUAAUUGUUUUUUUUUUCUUAACCGAAAAAAGUGGAUUUCAUGUGGUGCUUGUUAAACAUUGAAUCACCAUGAGUAGUAAUCUAGGAAAAGAAAAAGACUGUAAAGAGAAGGAUCCGAAAGUCCCAUUGGCAAAGGAACGGGAGAAGGAGUCUAAGGCCUCUGGAGGAUUUGGGAAAGAAAGCAAAGAAAAGGAGCCUAAGACCAAAGGGAAAGAUGCCAAAGAUGGAAAGAAGGACUCCAGUAGUGCACAGCCUGGGGUAGCUUUUUCAGUAGACAACACAAUAAAACGACCUAAUCCAGCCCCAGCGGCUCGCAAAAAAUCCAGCAAUGCUGAGGUGAUCAAAGAGCUAAAUAAAUGCCGAGAAGAGAAUUCAAUGCGCUUGGACUUGUCCAAGAGGUCUAUACACAUGCUUCCAUCAUCUAUCAAAGAGUUGACACAGUUAACGGAACUUUAUUUAUACAGUAACAAAUUGCAGUCUCUACCUGCAGAGGUGGGCUGUCUUGUGAAUCUGAUGACACUGGCUUUAAGUGAGAACUCGCUUACCAGUUUGCCUGACUCUCUUGAUAACUUGAAGAAAUUGCGCAUGCUUGAUCUACGGCAUAACAAACUUAGAGAAAUUCCUUCAGUGGUGUACAGGCUAAAUUCUCUUGCCACUCUUUAUCUACGCUUUAAUCGUAUAACUACUGUGGAAAAGGAUAUCAAAAGCUUGUCAAAACUCACCAUGCUUAGCAUACGAGAGAACAAAAUCAAGCAACUACCUGCUGAAAUUGGUGAGUUGUGUAACCUCAUAACUCUGGAUGUAGCGCACAAUCAGCUUGAACAUCUUCCAAAGGAGAUUGGAAAUUGCACACAAAUCACCAACCUUGACUUGCAGCACAAUGAGCUCUUGGACCUACCAGAAACCAUAGGAAAUUUGUCCAGUCUAAGUCGUCUUGGCCUAAGGUACAAUAGACUGUCAGCAAUCCCCAAGUCUUUAGCAAAAUGUAGUGAACUUGAUGAACUGAAUUUGGAGAACAACAACAUUUCCACUUUACCAGAGGGUCUUUUAUCGAGUCUUGUGAACCUGACUAGUUUAACAUUGGCCAGGAACUGCUUCCAGUCAUAUCCAGUGGGUGGUCCAUCACAGUUCUCCACAAUCUACUCUCUCAACAUGGAACACAAUCGCAUCAGCAAAAUACCGUUUGGAAUUUUCUCUAGAGCUAAAGUGUUAAGUAAGCUGAAUAUGAAGGACAAUCAGCUAACCUCGCUCCCCUUGGACUUUGGGACUUGGACCAGCAUGGUGGAACUGAAUUUAGCCACUAAUCAGCUCACAAAAAUUCCUGAGGAUGUGUCUGGGCUAGUUUCCCUUGAGGUUCUUAUCUUGUCAAAUAAUCUUCUGAAGAAACUUCCCCAUGGCAUUGGAAACCUACGGAAAAUAAGAGAGUUAGAUUUAGAGGAGAACAAACUGGAAUCCUUGCCAAAUGAAAUCGCUUACCUUAAGGAUCUGCAGAAAUUGGUCUUGACUAAUAAUCAAUUGACCACCCUUCCAAGAGGAAUUGGUCACCUAAUUAAUCUGACACAUCUUGGGCUAGGAGAGAAUCUUCUCACACACCUUCCUGAAGAAAUUGGUACACUGGAGAAUCUGGAAGAACUGUAUUUGAAUGACAACCCCAAUCUGCAUGGCCUUCCCUUUGAGCUGGCGCUCUGCAGCAAACUGUCAAUAAUGAGUAUUGAGAACUGCCCACUCAGCCACCUUCCACCUCAGAUCGUUGCUGGGGGACCCUCCUUCAUCAUUCAGUUCCUAAAAAUGCAGGGACCAUAUCGUGCCAUGGUCUGAUGUAAAUUGGAUUGUCCCAUACACUGUACAAAAUACAAACUGCAUUAAUGUUGUCUUUAUAUAUAAUAUAAUAUACAUAUAAUAUUAUAUUAUAUAUAAAAUAUAUAAAUAAUAUAACAAGGCAAAUUUAAGACUGCAUUAUGUGUUUCUGCUAAUAGAGGAAUCAUAGCCAUUUAGAUUUUUUUUUUAUUCUGUAAAAAUGCUUGUGUAAGUUUUCUUUGCUGAAUUUGGUGGAUGUUUGUCUGAGUAAUCUGGAAAUGCCAGUUCACUUAAAGCAAUUGCCAACGAAUUCAAAAGUUGUUAAAUUUAAGGGACAAGAGUAGUUUUUACUUAGAUCUACUUUCAGUUAGCAAAAAAUGCGCAAUGUUUUAUGGUGAACUUUUCUUUUCUGUUUUCCUCCCUCUCCUGUGUGUCAAAACCUGGUAGGGUCACACAUCCUGAAGUUCAUGGGAUUUUCUUUAAUUUAUUUUGAGAUUUGAAACAAACGGUGUUUUUAUAUUGUUUACAGUCAGAGUAAAUCACUGGAUUUUGUUUCGUUUUUUGAUUUGCUCUGUUUUAAUCAAUCUAGAAUUUAUAUGCUUCUGUUGAAGAAUUUUUAUCAGCUGGUUUGUAUACUAAAAAUAUUUACUCAUCAAAACAACUGGUAGGUGGAAAAGACGCAGUCAAAAAAGCUUGAAUUCUUGUAAGUCUUGCUUCCCUGAGUUAUCAGUUGUGGGCAUAACAUAUCUGAACUGAGCCUUUUGUGGCUGGUCUUUUCUAGCACAGGUAACCUUUUCAGAUUGGUAAAAAUAUUGAAUAGUCUCAUUGAAGAGCAGUUUUUGUUUUGUGAAGUUACAGAUUCAUAAGGUCUAACAGUAUAGUUGAAUGGCAAGGAAAUAAUAUAUAUUAUCUUUUUUUGUUAUAGUGUUGGGUCAUAAACUACAACAGGCAAUUUUAAGGAUUCCUCAUAGUCCUUGUACAAUAAAUGUCUUACUUUUAAACACUGCAAUAUAUGUAAGUUUUAAGGUUGGUUAACAACGUACUAUGGUUUUAUAUCUUGACUUGCCUUGUACCUCCUUCCAUUAUGGAACUUCUGUGUCCAAGCACAAUAGCUUCACACUGUGCUGUUUUGCUGCUGAACUAAAUGCACUUUUCCCCACAGCUGGGGCACUUGCUUCAGAAUAUUCAGUUCAGUACCACAUCUAUUUGUUUUAAUCUCAUCCUGUCAAUUUCAGUAUUAAAGAACGUUCUGUUAAAAAGAGGCACCUUUCCAUUUGUGCACAGAUGUUGAUAGCUCAGUAGAAAUACUGUAAGUGGUUCACAUGCGAUUUUAUUUGAAUUUGCUUGCCUGCUUAGAAAGCUAAAGAUACUGUUACUCCACUUGGAUUGCCAGUUUAAGAUGACCUUUUCUUUAAGAUGGAAACUCUAAAGGCAGUUACAUUUGAGAUGUUGACUAAACUGUCCAAUUUAUACUCAUAAUGGAAUUGCUGCUGGAUUGUUGUGAUUUAGAGAUGACUGUAUCUUUUGAAAAAAAUUAAAUCAAUUAAUGUCAGAAAAAAUCUAUUUCCCAUGCAGAAGUUUGGGGGAGUAUAAUUUUUGACUUUUAGACAUGCUUAAUUUUAUGUACUGCCUUUGGUCUAGUUUUUUCCAGCAUUAACAGUAACUUGCAUUCUGUUUUGUCUGAUGUUUUUUCAUUAACAAGGAACAACUUUUAAAUGGAAGGCAGGUGGAGAUAUAAAACCGUAGAGGGCUCAAACAUGCUGUAAAACUAUUGUAGAUGUCACUGGAUUUUACCAAGUAAUGUCCGUUCCUCUCUCUUAUUUUUUACAUCUACUGUAGCUUUUCAGUUUAGAUUUUAGUUUAUAAAAGAAACUAGUUAUUACAGCUCUGCCUGGAGAUAAUCUUUCUCAGCAGUAAGGUGUUAAAAUAUGAAUGCUGAAAUGUGUAGCUUUGAAGACUGUAAUCUAACUUCUGAAUUUUACUGCUGAAACCUACUUCUUGCUCCCUCAGUUCAUUUGGGAAAACAGUUUUUGAUUCAUAUGAUUCCUUAAAACAAAGGUGGCUGCCCCUGUAUCUUAAAGCAUAUCAGUUGUGUUCCCCAUUUGCAUACCUAAUCCUGUUUUUGAUGAGAGAAUUUGCCCUUUAAUUUAUAAGACAGCUCGUGUCUCAAUCUGUUACAAUAGAGCAAGAUUUUAGGUGUGUAAUACAGUAGGAAACUCGCCCAAGAGGAGUCAUUUUAGAUGCUUCUUAAAAAUUUCAAGUGAUAGGGCAUCUAAUAGCAGGCUGCCUCCUCCUCAAGCGUUUCCAUGGCCACUGUUAGGCAGUCAGGUAUAGGUGCUGUUGGGCUCUAUUUACGGAAUUAAGAUUGUUUAGUAUGUAAAUAUUUUGAUCUGAUUUAUUCAUCUUGUUAAGGUACAUGGUUAAUGACUGUAUAAUUGGAGCUGACCCCCUCUUCCAAGAACUUGGUUGGAUGAGAAGUUGGCUUACCAAAAAUACUUUUUACACUCUUAAAAAAAAAUUUCCAUUACACUUGUAGGAAUAAAGUAAGGAAUUAAAACAUAGCUAUGUUAAAAACAGGAUAUUUUUCAAUGUAUCCUUGUGCUAAAAUAGUAACUUCAAUGCCAAAUACUCCUGAGUCCUGUUUGGGAAUUUAAUUUUGUACUCUUUGAAGUGAAUACUUCUUGCAAUGUCUAGAGGGAGUGUGAGUAAAACAGCGUGAGAUACUAAGUUCUGGUGCAAAGAAUUAACUCAAAGAAUUCAAGACGUUUCCUUAUUAAAUUAGUUAUUUAAUUUUGGUGUUAAAUGGGUGAGUAUCAUUUUGCUUGGAAUAAGCUUUAAUGUAUAAAUGUUUAGUCCCUCAGCUAUUUAUCUGACACCUUGAUCAUGUAAAACAAUUCUAUAACCUGACAACUUUUUUUAAUUUUCCAGGAUGUUGCAUUGUGCAUCUGUUAACUAAGUACAGUUUUUAGGUUGUCUUUAAUGCCAAAUGCCAUUCAGUGGGAUUUGUGUUAGUUUGUAUAUAUGUUUAAGAAUUUUGGAUCAUGCUGAUUAAAUUAAAAAUGAGAAGAAAGAACUCAGUUCUGACAAAUAUAUGGUAUUGAGGCAUAAGCAAGAUGGAGUAAUAAGGUUCUGUGGGUACUUUUUAAGACUAGGAUGGUCAAAGGGGUGAGCCAGAUUUCUGUUAAAACUUUUGUCCCUUGCGAUACUGUUCUGAGUAGUGCUGUCUCUGAAAUAAAUAAGAGAUUAUAAAAAGUCUGACAAUCUUGAGAAAUCUGGGUGCAAAUCAAAUUAUGACCUCUAUUGCCUGCCUGUGGAAGUAUCAGCACUUGUAUUUAUAGGACACAAUCAUGAACUAUGCCUCGAUUAACACAAGUAAAAUACUGUGCUACAGAGUAUAGUAUUAUGGUACUCUGAUAAGUAUAAAACUGAUUAUAAGGGUUGUCUUUUUUUAAAACAUUGAUUAAAUGUAAAGGAAGAAUAACUGGCAAUAUGACUUUUAGUUUUGAAACAAGUUAUAUUGUGUUUCAAUUGACUAAAUAGAAAUUUGUCUGCUAACUCUUGGCUUUGAAAAUGCUUGUUUUUCAUAAACACUAUAAAAAUAAUAAUGUUCCCUCUCUGGCCACCUCACAUUUAAUUUCCUAAACAAAAACAUCGAGCUGAACACACCCUGUGCAGUUUGGUCAUAUGGUUGCACACCUGGCCUUUUUUAACUUGCCCGAUGCUAUUGGAAACUCUUAAAUCCAUGUUACUUUAUUUUAAAACAACUUAGUAUUGUAGAAUAUUUGAUGCUUCAGUGCCUCUUUUGGUUUUAGGUUUUUUGGGCAGUUUUGUUUUUUAACGUUGUGUAAGAAAUCAUGUGCUCAAGCUUCUUGAAAGAACAAUAAAGUUUGUUCACUUAAAUGGUUUUAAAAACCAGGACUUAAAAACAUUGUCCAGCUGGUUAGUACUUGAACCCAUUGCAGCGCCUACAAAGCAAAAACUUCAAGUACCAUCUUUAAUCCUGGAAGUGUGCAGAAUACCUUUUUUAAUGGAAAACCUUCUAUCAGGUGUUUCUUCCUUUCCUUGUUUCUCUCUUAAGGAUCGAUACAAAAUCAUAACAUAUCAAGGGAGGACAUGUCUUUUGUAUUAUUAAGGAAUCUGAAUGCAGCAGAGUAUUUUUAUAUAGUCAAUAUUGCACCUCAAUUGUAUCUUUAAUCGGCAUGCCAGAACUUGCUUUUAAUUAGACGUACAGUUGGCAGUAAUUUGCACAACACACAAACUUAAAAGGCACAGUUAGGACAAUUACAAACAAAUGAUAGUAUCUACAAACAGUAUCUAACGGUUUUUGUUUUUAUUCUAGCAAUCCGAAGACUGUUUAUUAUUCUGAUGUUUAGGUCUUAAACAGGUCCGCACAGGAUUUUUGCUGUGGAAAAAUACCUGACCACAUUAAUUUGUGGUCAAAAGCUAAACAAAAGUGUAAACAGUCUACAAAAAAUGUACUUUUAAUCUGAAUUAUUGUAAUGUUGAUUGUUAUGUCUAUAAUAUAAAAGAUUGCCUUGCUUUUUUAUAAAUGUCAUUCUGUAUCAAUGCAUUCAUUAUAAAUAGUAUAUUUGUAAAUGAGCUGCCACUGAGUCUUUUGAAAGUUUUCUAGUGUUAAAAUCUAACUUAACCUGGAUGUAAAUCAUACUUUCGCAGUGUCACAAAAAUGAUUGAGAACUGCAUUUUCAUUAUAUACCUCUUCACUCUUUUGAAGAUGUUUUUCCAAGUAAAAUAUGAAGUUUAAUGUAUACUGAUUUCAGGAAACUUAUACUUCAAAAAUUGCAUGACAGUAACUGCUCUAAACAUAAAAAUGUAAAUUGCACACCUUUAUAAAGCAAAUGUUGGUAAAA